CUUCCCAACCAACGCCAAGGAAUUCGACUCAAGAUGGCCGCCACUCUUCCCGGCCCAUCAUCACAUGCCUUGCCCCCUAUCACUACACCUCGCAACAAUGCAGGACCAUCGCAGCCACCCUCCUCGUCUACGCUCAUCACCCCGCAUACCCUCGCCCUCUCCCUCCCGCAUCCCCCUCACGCCGACCCACUCGUAGAUGCGCUACCUUAUCAGCUCCUGCUGGCAGAGAUGCCCGCUACUCUUCGCCAUUCUGCGCGCAGAGCUAUCAGGAGACGAAAGGCGCUGCUGAGGGAUAUGGAGGAGGCGGGGCUGGCUGUCGAGGCGGAAGAGAGCAGUGGGGCAGCAGCGAUGGCUAAAGAGGAGGAGGCUGAGCUCGAGGCGAGGAUGGAGAGUGUGGGUGCGAGCGUGGGUGCGAAUCUGGCAGAGAGAUUGUCUCGCGAUCGCCCACCCCUCAACUCUACGCUCGACGUCCUCAAAUUCCUCUGCAAAGACUUCUGGAUCGCCCUCUGGGAGAAACAAGUCGACGGUCUUCGCACAAAUCACCGCGGCGUCUACGUUUUGCAGGACCACCACUUCAAGCCCUUGCUGCGCAUCUCCACCCCACACGGCACCGCCAGCGCAGCAGCGAUAGCCAAGGUGUAUCUGCCGCAUUCUGUAGGGCUGCUGAGAGGAGCAUUGGCGAGGCUGGGAGUGCAGGCGACGGUCGUGGCUGAGAGUGGGGGACAGGCGGGAGCUACUGGUGCGAGCGUUGCGGCGACUACCUUCCAUGUGAGGGUGGCUUCGGCGGGCACGCCUGCGGGCAGUGGGUCGAGCGCUGCGAAUCUUGGCGCCAACGUCUCGUGAAUACCAUAUUUGUGUCAAUCCUCUCCUGUCAUCGCGCAAGCCAUCACAAUCUUCUCG